AUGACAGCCACUCCUCCGAUCAAUGUGAUCGCUCCAAGUAUUGAUUUGGAUGAAGAGGAGACAGGUGCUAUGGCUAUCUCCUCUACCCCGACUCCUUCCCCUCCUGGUGUAACUGAAGAUAUGGACACUCCAGACAGUGAUUCACAGAGUAAUUCCUCUGAGGACCGGGAGGGUGAGGAGCUAGAGUUCAGUGACAGUGCAGCUAGCUUAGAGAAACUAAAGUGCUGGAAAGACUUGGACAAUAAAGAGCAACCGUUGCUCUGGCAACAGGACACGAGCCCCUCGGACAAUAUGGACAAUGAUGAAAGCUAUCAAGGUACAAACUCUGUUGACCAGUCGGCAUCAGACAUAAGCCUCAUGGAGCAGCCAACGUCAAGGUCAUCACCCUCCAAUGAAGGUGACACUCAUAUGGACAUCGAUAAAUUUGGUGAUAAAAGUGCGGACUAUAUGACCGAAAAGAUGACUUCCUUGACUGCAGCUCACAAUGGGGACUAUCCUCUUGAUAAUUUGAUAAAUGACAUUGAAAAAACUUCUGAUGAUCCAAAAGAGAAUGUUGUUUCUGCCGAUGCCAGUGGCUAA